AUGCGAGAACCAGAAUUAUUUGUCUAUCUAUGUGAUAUUAAACACUGCUCACAAAUAAUUCAAUCGGCAAAUAUCUUACUUGAAAUACUACAGCACUUACCACCACAGUACUCGGUUCUGCUUAAAUCACUGUCAAAUUCAAUAACUUAUGAUGUUAUAAUUGUUGACAUUAAAAAUGUUUAUUAUUCGCUCUUCAUGCUAGAAGAACUAAAUGGAAACCGCAAAGAACAUUCUCGACAUAUUCCUCUAGAUUUAAAAGAUAAAGAUGAACAGUGUAAUGAACCGGGUGUACGAACGAUCUCCAAUCAUUUACGAAAUGAAAAACCUACAACAUCAGACGCAACAUAUGUUUAUAAUCCUGGAGAAUGGAGUCCUCUUGCUGCACCGAAUCGUUCAACGUCCUAUAGACAUAUAUACGAUGAAGUAAAAAGAAUAAGCAAUCAAUGUGAACAUCUUAAAAUGAAAAUAGAAAAAGAAGAUGUUGAAGCUACAAAAACAAUUGAACAACAAAAUAUUCAAUUUCAAAAAAUACUUGAUGUUGCAAAUCAAUUAAUUCAACAACAAAAUCAUAUGCUAGAGCAAUUUACAAAAGUUGUCAAUGAAACUUCAUCCAUUGUACAAAACGUAGUGCACUCACAGGAUGAAACAAAGAAUAGUAAUGGUCACAAAGAAAUUAUCAACUCUCUCAUUCAAACAUGUCAGUCAUCGUUGGAACAGUUCAAAAUUCUUAAUCAACAACAUAAUUUGAAAUACUUUCAAAUUAUUUCUCAAAUGAUGAAUUGUCGAAAUGAUGAAAAUAAUAUGACUCAAAACGCGAUAAUACACGAUGGUUAA